AUGCCCCCCGUCACAAUCCCCCAAUUCCUCCUCCCCCGGGGCGCCCCCUCCACACGCACCCUCCGCACGCUCACCCGCGCCUAUCCUACAAAGACCCCUCCGCCAUCGUCCCGCCGAUGCGCCUCCUCACGCAACAGCAGCAAGGAUGACAAGCAUCGCGUGCUCGAGAAGCCGGAUAAGUUCCGGCCGCCGUCGCACCCGGCGCGUCGCGUCAUGCAGACUCGCAACGGCCGCCUCGUGAACAACGCAGGACCGGUCAACUACGGCCCGCGCCUCUCGGAGGCGGAGAAGGAGGCGCAGAAGAACAAACAGUAUCCGAAUAUGUUUCCGCCGGAGGGAACGGUCAUGCAUCGGUUUUUGACGAAUCGGUGGAUUCAUAUUUGGAUUGCUAUGGGCGUCUUAACCUCCCUCGCAACCUUCACCUUCACGACGAACUUCAAACGCACCUCCCCCUUCGCGCAUCUCCUUCCCUCCUGGUCCGAUCUGCUCUGGCACCCCUUCUCCACCAUCUCGCAGGCCCUCUCGGUGUACCGGAUGCACGUGCAACACAACUCCCUCGAGACGCGACAGAAGCGACAGCGUCGGGUCGAGGACGCCGAGAAGAGACGCCAGUACCGGGUUGCGCAUGGCAUGGAGGAGCCGAGCGCGGAGGACAACAAGGACGCUAAGACCGAGGCGGAUGGUGAGGAGUUGGUUGGCGUGGAUGAUCAGAGCCCUGUGGCGGUCGAGGAGCAGAAGAAGGAUCAGGCGGAGUUUGUGGAUUGGGAGGGUCAGAGGAGGCCUGUGAAGAAGUGGUUGGGGAUUUGGUAG